AUGACGAGUUUCCCGCCUCCUCUGUAUCAGAUGGGGCCUCAGCAACCUUACGAAGACAUGGACCUUUCACACAGCCCGAACAACAACCUGAUGCAGCUCGACACAGAGUAUGGAGACUAUCCUCGCCCCAUUCCCGAGGAUGUGACAGCAUACAGCACACCGUACAACUCGUCACGAUCGUCCACACCCAAUGAGGAAUCACCUCUACUGCCUCAUGACGACGGUGUCUUCGACAAAGACCGUCCGUACGCGCAGCUCAUCUUCGAUGCACUCAAGCAAGCCCCUAAUCAUACUAUGAUCUUGCGUGACAUCUACGACUGGUUUCGGAAGAACACCGACAAGGCUCUCGACAAAGACACGAAAGGCUGGCAGAACAGCAUCCGGCACAACCUCUCAAUGAAUGGUGCAUUCGAGAAAGUCGAUCAGCCCUUCGAAGAGGCCAAGAAGGGGUUCAUGUGGAAACUCACGCAGGAUGCUCUCGCGAAUGGCGUCAAGUCCACAACUCGCUACCGCAGCAAGCAACCCAACAAACGCGGUCACCGCACAAGUCACUACCUCCAAAGGCAGCGGGCUGGAGCUGUGGGAGGCAGAAGUGCAAAAAAGCAGUUGCGGCACAGGGCUCGCAUGCAUGAUGCCUACCGAAGCGACCCCUACCAGACCUCCUCACGAUCCAUGCCCACACCCGCCACCUUCGACUCCUCCUUCUUUUCGGACAUCUCGGGAUUCGAAAUGUAUCCCAGCUCGCCCUCCUUCUACAGCCCCUCAGGCUCCGAGAUCGAUGCCAUGGAGUACCAGCCCAACGCCUAUGGGACCGCGUCUGAGCAGCGCAUGUCGCAGCAGAUCUUCCACGAUCUGCCCAGCGCUCCCGUGUCGUCGUCCUCUCUCGCCUCGUACUCGGACGGGUACAUCAAGCUGCCCUCAGACCCCGCGAUGCCGCUCUUCACCCGCUCGCCUACCGACACCCCAUCACCUUCUGCAAGCGAGCCGCGUACCCCUGACUCUCAGAGCCCUGGCUGGGACGACAGCAUCUACGGCCCCAUGGGCGGCCCAGGCCAUGCCGGCUUCGACCUGAAUGGCUUCGGCAUCGGUAUUGCCGGCACCAGCUCAAUGCCCAAUGACCAGUUUGCGCACGACUCGCUUGUCAACGGCGAGUAG